UAAGCGGAAGCGCGGUAAACCCACAGACUGUUCAAAACAAACCGCGGUGGAGACAAAGAGAGUGACGGUGUGAUGGAGGUGGACAUCCUGGAGUUCCACGUUCCUGUGGAGAACAACAAGACUCUGUUUGUGUGGGACAUCCAGCCGUCCAACACCGAAGCUCAGAUCUACGACGGCUUGGACCGCGUGUUCUCGUCCUUCGGUCCUCUCUACCUGCUGAAGGUGUGUCCCAACGCGCCGCUCAACCCGCCCGGGUUCUACGCCCUCAUCAAGUUCUACUCUGCUGCUCAGGCCUCAAAGGCUCAGCGGCGGACUGAUGGACGCUCGCUGUUCCAGAGCUCUCCACUCAAGGUGAGGCUGAGCUCCAAACACACUCCUCACUUCCUGUCUGACCGCAGCAGACCGCUGAGCCACGCCCGCUGCCUGGAGCUGGCCAAUCACUACCUGGGAUUCAACGGCUGGACCUCUGACAUCAUCACACUAAAGGAGCUCACCAACGAAGAAGAGGAGGAGGAGGGCGGAGGCCGAGUCAGGAGGCUGAGGUUGGGCUGCCUGCUGCAGCUCUCCUUCCCUCACCACGGGCAGACGAGCAGAGCGGCAGCGGUGGUGGAGGACAGCUUCACCUGCACAGGUGAGCAGCAGCAGGUGUAG